CUCAUCAGUGCAAUCUGGAGCUUCACCCUGCUGGUGCACAUUUGGUUGCACAAUUGAAAACACUCAGGAGUUUAAAAAAAAUCUCUUUGUUGUUCUUUAAAAGGGAUAUCAGGAAGCCACAGUGACUUGGGAUAUGUUGCUGAGGUAGAACACCACCCAGCAUCUGGUGAAAAGGAAAGAUCUUCCUCUUGUCUUACAUGAGCAGAGAUGAAGGCGAUAAUGAUGAUGCUGGUAUCCUGUAGGAAAUGUUUGCACUUGUGCGUCCUCCUGUUGGCGAUGGGGAUACUAGAGGGUAAGGUAACAGCGCCGGAGCGUACUCAAGCCACCGUUGGGAAGCCGUUCACAUUAAACUGCGCCCUUUCAAGGGACAGAGGUGAAUCUGUGAGACAGGUGCGUUGGCUGGACGUCCAGAACCAGACGCUGCUGACCUACCAGCCGGGCAACAGGGACAGUGUGAGCGGACAGCAGCACGUGGAGCUCACCCCGUCCUCAAAGGACACCUCGGCCGUCACCAUCCAGAGGGUCAGCUUUAGGGACGAAGGAUGCUACACUUGCAUCUUUGACAUGCACCCUUCUGGUUCCAAGCAAGGGCGCACCUGCCUGACUGUCACUGCAUCAGUGACAGUAGACAGCAACAAGACUGCCAUCAGCGGCAAGACGGCGUCCCUCUCGUGCUCUUACGGUUUGCCCGAGAAGGUGCAGCGGGUCACCUGGAGGUACACCUCGCCGCAGGGGGCCUCCUCGGACGUGGCUUCCUUCGCCAAGAGGAGCGACCCCAUGAUAGAGCCUCCUUACCAGGGUAGGGCGUGGCUCAGCGCCUCCUUGUCGGACAGCACGCUCACCCUCCAGCCUGUGGUCAUCCAGGACGAGGGCUGCUACACCUGCCUGUACAGCACGCAUGAAGACGUGCCCAAGAGCUCCACAGUGUGCCUCUCCACAUACGCGCUGCCCAAACCUCAGGUGAUCUACAAGAGUACGUCCUCCGGGCUGAUCGAGGCCAACUGCAGCGCCGUGUCGCGGCCCCCCGUGGAGAUCGUGUGGAACGUGGAGCGAGACAACCGCACCUUAGGCCCUCCCGUCACCACGCUGCUGCCCCAGGAGGACGGCACCACUCUGGUGGUCAGCACUCUCAGCCUGCGGCCGGGUCUGCUGAAGGACGUGUCCGUCAAAUGUCUGGUGCACCACCGAGGCCUGGAGGCCCCCAUCGCCGUCUCCAUGAACACCAAAAUUGGCACUGCCCUUGCCAUCCUCAUCUCCGUCACCACCGUAGCAGCGCUGCUGGUGCUGGCACUCUGCUUCUGCCUCUGGAAGUGCUUCCUACGCAAAGAAGCUGACUGAAGGUUCCAGUUUGGAACAGGAACAUGUCAUCAUCACGACGCCUCCACAGGAUGGCAAUCAGGAUCCCAAGUAGGACCAACCACUUUAUAGACAUUCAUCUUUGCUCAUGUAUAACCUUCCAAAGCUAAAGUCACUGAAAACUUAAAUAAAAGUUGUGCUUUUA